AUGCAUAAGAGCAGAGCAGGGAACGGAAUUGUAUUGACUUGCAGUUGGCUCCUGAUUGCUGUGGUCACUGCUGUUGCAGCCAGGAGACUAGGGCACCAGGUCAUACUCACACUUGCACACCAACAGCAAGUUGCAGCAGCUGUGGAGAGAGCCAAGCAGGUCACCAUGACAGAGCUCAACGCCAUCAUUGGGCCCAACCCACCGAGGGCUGACCCGUCCACUUUCCCCCUGGCUUUGCAGUAUGAGUUUGGGGCAUUGUUCAGCAACAGCUGUUCUUUCAGGGAUCAACUUGGAAAGGAGGCCAGGCAGCUCUCCAGCACCCAUUGCCCCACGCCCAUGCCCCACCUGUUCCCCAUGCCUGCCCACCCAGCCAGCAUAGGCGGAGCCCCUGGUAUGAUGUCAGGGCACGGCUCCGGAUUGUUGCAGUUGUCUAAUGCCAUGAACUCGCACCCUCCAAUUCCUGUCAAGGAUGAGAAAGAGAGACAGAAUUCAGUAUCACCACCAGACAGGAGCUCAUCAGACAAGUACCGUACCACUUCAGACCAUGGUGAAACCAGCUCCAAAAACACGAAAAGAAAGAGAGAGGAGAAGGAAUCGGGAGACAGUGAAGCAGAAAAGAGCGACGAUAACCUCGUGGUGGAUGUGUCUAAUGAGGAUCCUGUUUCCCCGACUGCAAAUGGUGAGAGAGUGUCCCCCCGCGAGAACAACACAGAGAAGCAUCGGCCAAAGAAGGAACGCUCCAGUACACCCAACAGCAUUGCGUCGAGCGCCAGCACGCCCAACUCCAAGGUCAAAGAGAAUGACAAGCUGCCAUCUCCCGUGCCCAAGUCAGAAACACCCACAAGCAGCGGGGCCGCCACACCGGGUUCCAGCAGCAGUGUACCUGGUCUCAAACCGCCAGUCGGAAAGGUCCCACCCCUCGGGCCAUAUCCGUUCAUGCCGUCGCAGGGUAUGAACCAUGACAUGCCGAACCCUUACGUUGCACCGGGUCUGCACAAUAACAUCUCCCCGGGAGCACUGAACUCAUACAGAGGUCCAAUGUUCAAUCAUGCACAGGUGCCGUUUGACCCCCAUUCGCACAAUCGCAUUUCAGGACUGGCUGGCAUACCGGGAGGCAAGCCGGCUUAUUCUUUCCAUGUCAGCGCUGAUGGCCAGAUGCAACCGGUACCCUUCCCACCAGACGCCCUGAUUGGUCCUGGCAUCCCAAGGCAUGCCCGCCAGAUCAACACCCUGAACCAUGGCGAGGUGGUCUGUGCAGUCACCAUCAGUAACCCCACUAGACAUGUCUACACUGGCGGCAAGGGAUGCGUCAAGGUGUGGGACAUCAGUCAGCCAGGCACCAAGAGCCCAGUGUCCCAGCUGGACUGCCUGAAUCGGGAGAACUACAUCCGGUCGUGUAAACUGCUGCCAGACGGGCGCACACUGCUCGUGGGGGGAGAGGCCAGCACGUUAUCCAUCUGGGAUCUUGCCGCACCCACCCCCAGAAUAAAAGCCGAACUGACGUCCAGCGCUCCAGCGUGCUACGCCCUUGCCAUCAGCCCUGAUUCCAAGGUUUGCUUCAGUUGUUGCAGUGACGGUAACAUUGCCGUGUGGGACCUACACAACCAGUCGCUAGUCAGACAAUUCCAAGGGCACACAGAUGGUGCGAGUUGUAUAGAUAUUUCGCCCGACGGCACCAAGCUGUGGACUGGGGGGCUAGACAACACAAUACGGUCCUGGGAUCUGAGGGAGGGGCGGCAGUUACAGCAGCAUGAUUUUACAUCUCAGAUCUUCUCCCUCGGUUACUGCCCUGCCGGGGACUGGUUAGCUGUCGGCAUGGAGAGCAGCAAUGUCGAGGUACUACACAACAGCAAACCGGACAAGUACCAGUUGCACCUGCACGAGAGCUGCGUGCUGUCGCUCAAGUUUGCCCAUUGCGGCAAGUGGUUUGUUUCAACGGGUAAAGACAACCUCCUCAAUGCGUGGCGGACACCCUAUGGAGCCAGCAUCUUCCAGUCCAAAGAGUCGUCAUCGGUUUUAAGCUGUGACAUAUCAGCAGACGACAAGUUCAUUGUCACUGGAUCAGGGGACAAGAAGGCCACCGUCUACGAGGUCAUCUACUAGUGCCGCAACAUCCAGAGAAAACAGUCAUCAAGACCCUCUGUGGAGACACAUCAAUAGGGACGGAUGUUCUUGUAGCUGUGGAAUCCACUCGGCGGAAGAGUCGCGUUGGGGGUUGUGGGAAUUGUCUUUAUAGCCCCUGAGCCCAUUCGACUGGUCUGUCUUGUUGUGAAAGGCUCUAAUUUAUUAAACUGUUUAACAGAAUAAAAAAAGGCUCCCAUCGUAAAAAGUGUAUCUGCCUAUUGACAGAUGGAAGUAUGGUGCCUUCGUAGUUUUGGCAGGGCAGGUCGAAGAGCAAGUUUUUUGGGCGGGGGGGUUCGUUUACCUCGUGAGACCUGCUUUUUUGAUGUGGAUAAUUUGCAGUGAAAUGAUUUUGUUCAGCUGAGAUGCAACGUUGAUGUCAUCUUGGUGUGAUGUGAAAUGAAUAAUGAAAGAGGAAUAGGAGAGCCAGGGAACUUGACACAUAAUUGCAAGGAGGAUUGCAAAGUACUACCAGCAUGAUUUAAAGAGAUUUUUAUAUUUUAAGGAAAAUUCACCUUUGGGAAAUAUUUCUGAUCCAAGCAGAAUUAUGCAGAUUUGUUCCAAGAGAAAUUAAUUCCUAGCGAUGGCCCUAGAUAUAAUGGAGAGUAUUUUACAGCGUGUCCCUCAACAGCCAUCUUUUUUGCUGAUAAAAAUGGAGGGAGAAAAACCUUUUCAGCUGUGCUACACACAAGGGCGUCUUCAACACUGGGGGUCUCAUUAAUAUGAACUGUCUACAAAAGUUGUAUGUGUAUGUGUGCACUUUUGAAAGCACUUUCCUGCUGUACUCACAGAUCUUUCUUAUGUUGCAUCAAAGGAACAGCCUGCCAAUCUAAAGGCUGGAAAAACAGUCGAUGGUAGAGUAUCAAAAAUUGUUUUUAACACCCGUGUUACAUCUGAGAAAUCUGUAAAAGGUCAUCAGAUGCCGCCAAAAACUCAUAAAUCAACACCACCUCAAAUGACGAGGGCAGAAAUGGAUCACUUUGGGCAACAGUUUUACCGUCAGCUGUGGUUAACUUUCUUCCUACUUUAGCUGUUUAGUUACACUGGGGGCUUGAUGUUUGCAGGCUCAAGAAAGGUCUAUACCACAGCCGUGCAUCUUGGCUCUUGUGUCCAGGACUACUCUGCACAGCACUGACAUUCUCACAACCACUUUCAGGGAAGUCUUGAGCAGAGAUGCGCAUCACCCUGAAGAGGAAUACCUGUUGCUUCUUUACCACUGUAAAACUCUGAUGUACAAAAUUUGACAUGGCUACAUUCUCUGUAAAGACUUAUUGAAGUUUUGUACUGCCAACUUCACUGUAUAACUAUCAUGACAUAAUAUGUAUAUGAUAUAUAUUUUUUCCUCUUUGUGUGCGGUGCAUUAUGUCAAGGGAAUCGGCAGACAAGAAAUUCUCUCAGUUCAAACUUUAGGUAGACUAACCAGGAGUUGUUUUUCUUUCAUUCGGAAACUUUUCAGGCAGGGACACAGAACUCCUUAUUUUUUGAUAGUAUUACCCAUCGACCGCCACCAGCCACAUCAAUUUUUACUCGCAAAGGUACUCCGCUUUGUAUUUUGAAGUCACACUUCAAAAUUUGUCACUUUCGUGCGAAGAAUACAUGCAGCAGUGUAUUGGUUUCUUGGAAUUUGUAGAACUCCAGUCUCCAGUUUUAAGCUGUGGCCACAGGGCAUGCAGAUGAGAAACAGCACUUCCGCAUUCCCCAUGCUUUACGUGCCAUGCUCUAUAUUGAAUACAGCUUUGUUUUGCCGAUCAAUCCCUGGUCCAAUCACCUUUCAGGCCAGAAGUAUGGAAAGGAACAGAGGCGUGGCUUUUUCCAUGUUUCAUUUAACAUUACUGGCACCGAAUGGAACAGGCUAGGGAUUGUCAUGAUGAUUUGUGAUGACCUGUGUGACUUAUGAUGGCUUGCGAUAAUAUACGAUAGCCGAUGACUUGAUUGGUAGUCUGAAAAGAUAUACCCAAAAUUAUUUCAUUACAUCACAAUGAGUUUGUCAUAUAGCCAAAACACGAUCAGGUGUUACACAAUAGACCUGUAAUAAUGACGUCAUGCUUUCUUUGCAGGUGCACUUCCCUAUGGCAUUGGGAUGAGACAUGAUCCACAGAGUCCCAUAGGAAAGUGUAUAUUUAAACAAAGUGUGAUGUCAUUGUUUUAGGUCUAUUAAGCAGCAACAAAAACUGAGGUUUGAAUUCAUUUUUCUCAUGUCCUCCAUUGAGAGACUUGGUCCAAGACUCUUGUUGCUAGACUGAAUGUCAUUUACUGUUCUGUUUGAUUGGCUGUUUCGCCAGUUGGUUCUUGUGUUCAAACAAAACUGGCACUGAAAUCUUUCAAACUGUAGGUCCUGUGCUACAUGCAUAUACUGCGUUCAACUGAGGAGCACUUUGAAUUUUUGAGAUUUGAAACUUUUCAUAGUGGAGGUAGUAUGUAAUCUAGAUAGGUUUGCGGUAGCACCAUGGAUAAUAUCUCUUUUAGAGCAUGUGGGGUUCUGAAAAGAACUGGUGGCACUCAGUGUUUCAGACAAUAUUGUCUGUCCGUCGUAGAGUAUAUUGUCUGAGACGUUGAGUACCACUGGUUCUUUUCAGAACCCCACAUGCUCAAAAAGAUGUAUAUCCAAAGUGCUACCGCAAACCUAUCUAGUUUACCCGCUUUGAAUUUUAUUUCAUAGGCCGUUUUCCAAUACUCAACUUCAGC